GCGCGCAGUCCCCUAGAAGCAACGCCGCGUGCCCUUACCACAAAUAGGUACUUUCGUCGCUAGUUACAAAACAAAUCUCGCGGCGGCUAAACGCUGCGCAUUCCCCGCGCCAUGGUUUGUUUACGUCCAUAAAAAAAAUAAAGUUUAAAAAGUUAAUUUUGACAGAGAAUGUGGGUUGACGUUAGUGGGCGGGAAAGACACGGCUAUAUGACGCAAACCAACGGAUCUUUCAUACCCGGGUGUGUGGCGUAGGAUACCAAGCGACUAACCUAGUGCGGACUAUGUCUAUAUACUUAAUUACUAAGAUUUCUCUUUUGCCGAUGACAACGCUCCAUUAUUCCAAAUCAAGCAGGUACACUGGUCACUGCCCCCUGCUGAAGUUUCGUUAUGGCAAAUGUUACGGAGACAACACGAGGCAGAUAUUGAGAGAGAUACGCUCGAAGGGAUUGUUCAAUAAACCACUAGAGUACCGUCCGCGGGAUAAUUACGAGCUGGACAACAUGCCAAGGUACGACGCGCCUCAGCGGGACGUAUAUGAGGGGACACGGCACCGGCAGCCGGUCUACAUGACUGGCUACACUGGAUACGUGCCUGGUAUGAACUUCAGGUACGGAAAAUCCUACGGGCGAGCAGCAGACGAUUGCAUGGCAGACUUCUCAGAGCAUCAGCGGGAACUGCGUCGCAAGGCUGACUUGAAUAAGAGCUACAUACGGUCUAGGAGCGCGCCCAAGAUGGAGACCAUACACUCCCGGGACGAGAUACGAAGAGAUCUCAGUAGGUUUAGAGAGAUCAACAAGUACAAAGAAAACACAAUCUCACCGGAAUUUCCGCCAAUAGCAGGGUACACCGGUCACAUUCCUCGCAUCAAGGGGUCUGAAGCAUCACUGAGUCAGCGUUACCACUGCGCUGCUAAACGAGGUUUGGAGCUUAUAAGGAUGGAACGAGAUAGACGGGACGAGCUGUUGAAUGCCGACAUCAACGUCAAAACAGUAUUAAGAGACAAGGAGAAGAAAUAUUCGUAUUGCAACUGGGGAUAGCAUACAGGCAGAAAGAUGUUCUUUAACAAAUGUAGGUGAACAUCUUUCUGGAAAAGAUACAUCAAGAAAAAGCAGUAUUCAUACGGAAUUGACUCAUUGCAAAGUAUUACGGACAGCGGUCCAUUAUCUAGGCAAACGUGAAAAUGAAACUAGGUAAUAAUUGAAUUUAACAGAAAGCUAGCUAAAUAUAUUAUUCAUAUGUACACUUGUUAAUAUGCAAGAUUUUCACCGCAAUUUUGAGGCACAAUACAAUAACGCAAAGGUUCUUUAAAUAUAAAGUGAUUCAUAGAUUAUUAUAAAUGUUAAAUGAACACACUAUACAUCAAUAUGUGUAUUUUUUAGUCAAGAUAUAUAAGUAUUGUAUAAAGUUAUUUUAAAAAAAGGUAUUCAGAGAAUAUACUGGAUAUAUUCCCAAUUUAGUAAUGCCAUACCUCCAACAGUUCAAUAUUAAAUGUAUAUUUACGUAAUUGUAAAUACUGCAUUGAAACGUGACACGUAAGAUAUUAGAGUAAUAUAUUUUGUUCUUAUAUAUAUUUUAAGUAUAGAAAAUAAAAAGUAAGUGUAACUGGAUAA